AUGCCCGCCGUCACGCAUGCUGAGUUGGCUAUGGACGGGCCGUCGUCGACUACCCGUCUCUACCACCACUUUUCAGCUUUCCAUAUAUGCACCGGUCUUACCAUCUUGGCCCUCCUCGUUAUCUUGUGUCUUGCAGCACAUGGUGUUUCCCGGUCGAAGUCUGGUAACGAGGACAUCAACACGAUUGAACGGCACAGACAAACCCGUGACGGCCUAGACCAAUUGGUCAAUCAGCAACAGCUUCACCACUUGUUCAUCCACGAUAGGGCUUGGACGAUGGAUGAGAAGUCACGUGGAAUAAGCAGCAAUACCACAGCUGCGGAAGAUCGAUUCCAUGGGAUACCAGGCUCAAAUGUUAACUUUGUGGCCGGGCAUGAGAAAGAAUCAGGCGAUUACCAGCAGACCGAGAGUAGCGAACAUUUGCCAUCAAGGGGCAGCAUGUUUGGUCCUGGGAGACUCUCAGACCUCACUUCGGCGAGGUUCAUGUUGGCAAGACCACCACCUCCGCCACCACUGACCCCUCCAGAGCUGUCUCCGUCAGUCUUCACAUAUGAUGACCGCAGAAGAAGCUUCCCUGGUGGUGUGUCCGAGCUUGACGCAUCCUUCUUCGAACAGCCUAAUCCGGACUACAUGUCAUCCACAGAGACAGCAACGACCACGGCAACUCAGAGCGUCCAGACUACUCGGUCAUCGCCCACACCCCGGAGAAGGUCUUAUACUAGAACACUGCCCAUCGGUGUUCCAGCUUCAGCAGUAGGCCCCAAUUUUGAUGAUGCUGGAGUCGCCUUCUCUCCAUCUUCGUAUCCGCCUACAUCGCCAUAUCUGCCGGGCCCUCCCCCGAUUCACGGAGAAAUCCUCGAGGAUGGCACAUUGCGUGAGGUGAAGGUGCACGGCGAAAUUAUCUCCAUGUUGGAUGACAGCGGGUUUGGUUGGAAGCGUCACACAAGGGUGUAUGGAGGCGGCGUCUGUCUCGCCUGCGAAGCAUCUGGCAACGACGGUCACCACGGCGGCUUCUACGGCGAAAACGUUUUGCCCGAAGAAAAGCGGUAUUAA